GUUGUUUGGAAUUUCGAGCCGAUAAUGUCGCGCGCAAUCGACAGUGAAACAGCUUCCGUGUUCAGUAGUGAAGCCCUAGAUCUAGACCCAAGUUGUUUGGAGUGUCGCGUUUGUCUUUCCACGAUGUCUACUCGUACUGCAGUCAGGCUGUUUACAGUGAUUGCGUACCGAGAAGGACUCCAGCAGAAGUUGCAGCUUAUUUUGGGGAUUUCUAUCUCUAUGACAGACGCUCUUCCACAACAGAUCUGCCAGCGCUGUGCUCGGUGCAUUCGGGCUGCAGCAGAAUUGAGGGUGAAGGCACACGAGAACCAAGACUGGUAUUUACGUCAAAAAAAGCGGACAAAGAACACCACCGGAGACGACACAUCAUGUAGUACCGUGAAGAGUCGCCCUGCAGCCAAGCGCACGCUAGCUCCUAGGUCUUUGAGCAUGUGUAAGGACGCUGAGGAAGACGAGUCAUCACCAGGCAAGUAGUGUUCAAAUAUUUACAGAAACAGCUGGGUUUAAAAUAAAUACGGUAAUAUUGCAUAUACCAGUGUGUAUGUGUGUGGGUACGUGCCUAGAUUGUACAUAGUAUUUGGAAGUGUAGGUACUGUAGUACAAAUAUGUACCUGACUCUUUUUCGAGAAGGUGGUGGCAUGCAUGGCAACAAUGAAUCGAUUGAUAGAGUGGAAACUCAGGCUGUCUCUCAAUUGCCUGGGAUAGAGUCACAAUCGUUUGGUAUGUUCUGCAUGAGUCAGUUAUAUGUUAUUCUGUAGAUCAUACAAACUGAUUUUUACCUCAUAGCAGAAUGUUCUAGACUAGGUCAAGGAAGGGUGAGUCAAUUUGUCAAUUUGUCUUGUAUAAAUUGGGGAUGGUAGUUUAAAUAAUUAUAUGAAGUCAUUGCAGGUUACCCUUACAUAUCAAUCCUUCAAAGGAUUGCCUUGCAAGUACACUCUUGAUGGAAGAUCUGCCAAAGUAGCACGUUUGCUUGCAGAAGGCAAAACAGCUUUUUCCACCUUGGCCAAAGAGCUUUAUGAUGACGAUGAUAUUCGAGAGCACAUCCUAGGCAGAGUUGCUACAGCAGUGGAUGAGGAGUGUAAUCAACUGUGUAGUCGUAGUGAGCCACAUGUUAGUCUGUUUCGCCAUGUUCAGACAACAUACCUGCCGCAUUUCACGUGGACAGACUUCAUACAAGAGCUGCAAACAAAAGCACCCAGUCUGUUUCAGAUCAUGUCCAGAAUAGUGUCACAUAGUGAUCAUAGAAACCAAAAGAAGUCUGGCAAUCACCACUAUCCUGGAAUUUGCAUGGCUACAGCCAUAUUAAUGAAGGAACGAAAUAUGCAUAUGAUAGGGGUGCAAGAAGUGCUGUCACUGGUACUGUAUGCUGCUCAAGUUGACAAACUGGUGCGAUUGGAACAGCACAAGUUGUAAUGCACCAAACACACAGACACACACAGACACAGACACACACACACACACACACACACACACACACACACACACACACACACACACCAGCACCACCACCCUACUAAGACAUUGAAUAAAUUUGAAUAAAUUUGAAUAAAUCUACAUAGGUAUAUAAUGCUAAACAACUGUAUAUGUAAAAUCAAUUACUAAUUCUACUUCAACUAAUCAUGAAAGCAAUAUAAUCUGUAUAACAUGACGUUUAGGUAGAAGUAUUAGUGGUAAUAAAUGUCAUCAAGUCACAGUUCACGACCACACAAUACUCUACCUGCAUUUGUAUGCAAUGAGUGAAAGUUUGUUGUUAAUGUUAUUACGCUGCCAACAGAUAUACACUCGUCUUAAUCAAGUGAACGUGUGCUUGGGAUAUACGGCACUAUUGAAUUCUCUUUCAACCAUCAGCCAUCAGCACACAAUUCCAAUACAGCAAUGGAUUGCUGAGGGGAUCCAGUUCAAGUUUGUUGGUGACAACGUGGACAAACAGCAGAAGGCAAGAGAUCUCAGAAGUGAUCACAGUGGGCACAUGUACCAUAUGUACAGCAUACUUGCUGUACAGAGUCGUAUCCCUACUUCACACCUUCUGUACACUGGAUAUACAGGUAGUCUUUUGGAUAUGUCCGCUAAUGACUUUCUUCCAUCCCUUCAAGAUAUGAAUACGUUCAAGGAUACCCUGAGUAUACUUGUUGCACGACUGCUUACAAAGUACAUUCAUAGUCUAUCUUUCUUGUCAUCUGUGGUGCCUGAGCAUAUUCUACAUAAAUAUUCAAACGCAAUGACUAAAUCAUCCACUGUUGCUGUCAUUGACGUCCUCAUGAAGAACGAAGCAGAGAGUAAGGACAUGCUAGACAUUAUGGAGACUAUGCAUGGGUACUUGGGAGAAGGCUAUGCUACAGAGAAACGAGUCCUUUCAGGUGGUGACCAGCUGACAUGCGAAAGACAAAGAGCAUCUCAGAGACAUGUCAUGUGUGGGAAUACAAGCAGAGAGAAACUGCAGAUUUUGGAGCCAGUGGUGGAAGAUUGGCACGCCAUGGUUUCAUUUUUAGCGGUUGCCUGGAAACGCCUCUAUUCAAAGUCUACUAGAGAUCACGGUACUCUGGGUUUCUUCAGGUCUCUUCUUAAUCGACAAGCUGUCACUGAUGAUCCAAAGAAGGACGUCAAUGCAUGUGCUGACUUACUGCAGACUGUUGUGACAGGUCACCUACUUGCAUCUGCAUGUACUAUUCUAAAGAUCAAACGGCUGACACAAUCACCAGUUCAUCUUGCAUCGUCACUGAGUAAGCUACAUACGGCUUCAGUUACCGAGAAGAAAAGCUUCAUAAUUGAAUUAGCACAGCAGGUAGUUAAAGAAUGCACAAUCAAUGAUGCUGCUAUAACUUUCCAGCUAGAGUCUGACAACAAAGACCAUAUCUACAGCUAUGCUCGAGUACUAUGUCAUUUUGGAUCAAUACUAAUGAUAUUUCGAGAUGCCUGGGCAGAGGGUGAUGGUGAUCAAAUUUUGCAAUGCUGGAAAGUGUUCAUGGUACAUUUUUUCGACAGUUCAAGCAGGAGCAAGUAUGCUUUCGAGGCAAUCCGCCUCUUACUACAGAAAGAGAUUUUGUCUCCCAAGCUAUCAGAGGACCUUGUGUGGAACCGCUUUAUAAACAGUCAUGGUGGGCCUGGAAAAAACAUUCCAUGUGAUCUUCAUAAUGAGCAUGUCAAUAAAAUCAUCAAGGACUUAAUUCAAAACAUGGGGCCAAAUCUUUCUGAAGGAGCCAUUCAACGUGCAGCUAGAUCAGUCAGUGUUAUCAAAGCCAUAUGCUCACAAUUUGAUUCACAAUCUCAUGUCCCAAGAUUCUCUUCUAAACACAGCACAAGAAGCAAUGACCAGGAUAUUGCUUUAGUCGUGGAUUGCGUCCUGCACAAUAGUUUGCUACAAGAUCACAAGGACAGCAGACAACACAUUUCUUUUCCAUCAUUUUCAGACAAUCCUUUUAAGAGAAUUUCUCGACCAGACAUUCUGACGUGGAUAGAACAAAAACAAAGGAUGGCUAUUCUUGAGUCUGGUUUAUAACAAACAACAGAGUUUGCUACUUUUCUACUGCUUUGAA